AUGGUCUAUCAACCAGAGACAUACUACCUCACCCCGAACCAGCACUGCCCUAACCAUGACUGGCCGGUCCUCAUCUAUCGGGACUGUCUCCCCCUGCCUCUCUCAGAGGAGAAAACCACUGCGUUUCUGGAGUCUCACGCCUGGGAGAAGAAAGGUGUCUGGGGCCAUAUCGCGUACAAGCAUUUCCACCCGAACACGCACGAAUGCUACGGUGUCUUCCAGGGCGAAUCGACUAUCCUGGUGGGUUGCGGCACGAAUGACACGGGCGGUGGGCAGGAGAUCGAGGUCCGCGCUGGAGAUGUCAUCGUCCUGCCGGCGGGGACAGGCCACUGCUCGCUCCAGAGUAGUCUGGAUUACCGGUACAUAGGUGUCUAUCCUGAGGGUUCUCCGAUGUGGCGUAGCGAAUUGGGCAAGCAGGCUGUGGGGAAUAAGUUUGCCGAAGAGAUAGAGAGCGUCGUAGUGCCGGCUCAAGAUCCUGUCAAUGGACCGGAGGGGCCGUUGUUGAACUUGUGGAAGAGGGGAUGA